UCGCAGGAGAAAGAGAACGCUGAUCCAGAUUAUAUUCCCAUCAACAGCCGCUUCAAAUGCGUACAAGAGGCAGAAGAGACUCUGCUAAUUGACAUCGCUACAAACACAGGCUGUAAGGUCCGGAUACAAGGUGACGAGACAGCGGAGCGGCUCUUUGAAAUCCCUGAUGAGGAGCGUUGCUUAGGGUUCCUUUCAGAAGUGCAGAGCAUACAGGAAGCCCAUCUGAAAGCUUCUCUUCCUGAGCCUAAGGACUCAGCCAGCUGGCAUCAGGUGGAGAAGACCCUCCCAGGUCUAUCGCAGGCCUCUUCUUCGGGAGCUCUGGGGUUUGAGGAUGACUUCAACGCUCUAAGCCUAGAAGAGAAAAGAAACAUGCAAAACCACCAAACGGGAUCUCACCGGGAACCCCCACCUCCUCCUGUGCCUCAAAACAGGCAGGCAGUAACGCGAUUUCACCGGGAGAGAGAAGGUACAUCAAGAGACCAGCCAAAAGUGACCAACACUAUGCGCAAAAUGUUUCUGCCCAGCACCCAGUCGGGACAGAGAGAAGGCCUCAUCAAACACGUGCUUGCCAAGAGAGAGAAGGCGUACGUCAACCUGCACAACUUCAGUUUUUUUGUGGGAACGUGGAAUGUGAACGGGCAGUCUCCAGACAGCAGCUUGGAGCCCUGGCUGGUGUGCGACGCAGAGCCGCCAGACUUCUAUUGCAUCGGGUUCCAGGAGCUGGACCUCAGCACGGAGGCUUUUUUCUACUUUGAUUCUGCAAAGGAGCAAGAAUGGCUGGCUGCUGUGGAGAAGUCCCUGCACCCUCAGGCGAAGUACAAGAAAGUGCAAAUGGUCCGUCUAGUUGGGAUGAUGUUGCUCGUAUUUGCGAAGAAGGAUCAGCUGAGCAACAUAAGAGAGAUCAUGACGGAGUCUGUGGGCACGGGAAUCGUGGGAAGGAUGGGCAACAAGGGUGGCGUGGCGGUGAGGUUCGUGUUCCACAACACGACCUUCUGCAUCGUCAACUCCCACCUCGCGGCUCACGUGGAGGACUUCGAGCGGCGAAACCAGGAUUAUAAGGACAUCUGUGCUCGGAUGUGUUUUGUAACCCCUGAUGAGAGUCUACCUCAGUUCAACAUCAUGAAACACGAUGUGGUCAUCUGGCUGGGGGACUUGAACUACAGGCUUUGUCUCCCUGAUGCCAGUGAAGUGAAAAAUCUGAUCAGUAAGAAUGAGCUGCAGAAGUUGCUGACAUACGACCAGCUGAAUAUUCAGCGCACUCAUAAGAAAGCAUUUGCAGAUUUCAUCGAGGGAGAGAUUAAAUUCAUCCCCACAUAUAAAUAUGACUCUAAAACAGAUCGCUGGGACUCCAGUGGAAAGUGUCGUGUGCCAGCGUGGUGUGAUCGAAUCCUUUGGAGAGGAGGCAACAUAAAUCAGCUCCGGUAUUGCAGUCAUAUGGACCUGAAGACCAGUGACCACAAGCCAGUCAGCGCACUUUUCCGCAUCGGGGUAAAGGUGGUGGAUGAGCAGAAGUAUCGGAAGUUGUUUGAAGACAUCGUUCGUCUGAUGGACAGGAUGGAGAAUGACUUCCUUCCUUCACUGGAGCUAAGCAGGAGAGAAUUUGAGUUUGAGAACGUGAAGUUCCGCCAGCUGCAGAAGCAGAAGUUCCAGAUCACCAAUAAUGGGCAGGUCACCUGUCACUUCUCCUUCAUCCCAAAGCUCAACGAUAGCCACUACUGUAAGCCAUGGCUUCGGGCUGAGCCCUGUGAAGGUUACUUGGAGCCAGAUGAGAGCACGGACAUCUCCCUGGACGUGUACGUCAGUAAGGACUCGGUAACCCUUCUGAACUCUGGUGAGGAUAAAAUUGAGGAUAUUCUUGUCCUUCACUUGGACCGAGGGAAGGACUAUUUCCUUACCAUCAGUGGGACCUACCUGCCCAGCUGCUUUGGCACCUCCCUGGAGGCCCUGUGCCGAAUGAGGCGACCGAUCCGAGAAGUGCCCGUCACCAAACUCAUUGACCUGGGAGAAGACAGCUUCUUAGAAAAGGAGAAAUCCGUCCUGCCGAUGGGCUCCCUGGACAGCGAGGAGGCGAGCGGGAUGCCGCUGCAGGUGCCAAAGGAGAUCUGGCUCUUGGUGGACCACUUGUUCAAGCAUGCCUGCCGCCAGGAGGACCUGUUCCAGACUCCAGGCAUGCAGGAAGAGUUGGAGCACAUCAUUGACUGCCUGGACACCAGUAUCCCUGAGACAAUCCCGGGCAGUAACCACUCUGUGGCCGAAGCACUCCUCAUCUUCCUGGAGGCUCUGCCAGAGCCAGUGAUCUGCUACGAGCUGUAUCAGCGCUGCCCAGCAAGCUUCCCGCCUCUGUGUGCUUCGCAGGUGAUUUUCCAGCUGCCUCGGUGCCACCGCAGCGUGUUUCGGUACCUGAUGUCGUUCCUCCGAGAGCUGCUCAAGUACUCGGAAGACAACAACGUCAGCGUCGCCAUGAUCGCCGCCCUGUUCUCCAGCCUCCUCCUGCGCCCUCCGCCCAACCUGAUGGCGAAGCAGACUCAGCAGGACCGCCAGC